AUGCGUCUAGGCCUAGGGGAACAUCUCCAUGGACGUACCCUCCUCGGUAGUGUUAUUGAGGGUAAGGACUUUGACUUUUUCCACGAGCUGGUCGUGUCAUACGAACUUGCUAGGAUCGGUAUUGACUUUAUGAGCACCCGAGGUAUUGUCGAGGAGUGUCUCAAAUGGUGUGACCAGCGGAUAGUUUUCAAGCGCAGGUUGGUUGACCAGCCCGUCAUUGGGUCCAAGCUCGCCAAGAUGAUUGCGAGCGUUGAGGCAGCGCAGGCAUGGUUAGAGUAG